CUGAAGGCUCCGGGGGACCCAGGGGCAGCGGGGUGCGGGUGGGUAUACGUCGUGGAGACUGGUGGGAAUGCUGCGGGUGAAUUGGGGGCACCCGUGUUAUUGAGCAGGGGUGGCUGCACGGUGGGGGUGGUCAGUGAAAUGUCCUUUGUCCUGGUGGGGAGCGCCUGCUGAUGGUUUGCGGUGGAGUUUCCUGUACUUCCUGCUCGUCCCCCUCCCUUGACCCCUGGACCUUCCUCACUAAUGACUGGCUGGAUUGUCCUACCCAUCAGCCUGACUGCAUUUUCCAUUCCUGGGAUAUGGAUUGUGUAUGCAAUGGCUGUGAUGAACCAUCACGUGUGUCCUGUGGAGAACUGGAUGUACAACGUGACCUGUUCCGAUGACAACGCCAAGCAGGGGGCCCCCAAGACCUGCUGUACCCUGGAUGAUGUCCCCCUUAUCAGUAAGUGUGGGACAUACCCACCUGAGAGCUGCCUCUUCAGCCUGAUUGGGAAUGUCGGAGCUUUUAUGGUGGUGAUGAUCUGUUUGCUGAGAUACAGCCAGGUCAUCGAGCUCAGCCACAGCUCAUGGCUGAACACUGUUGCUCUGAUCUCCGGCUGCACCAACGCGGCAGGACUAGUCAUGGUGGGGAACUUCCAGGUGGAUUACGCCAAGUCUCUACAUUACAUUGGUGCAGGAGUGGCAUUUCCAGCCGGGCUGUUGUUUGUAUGUCUUCACUGCAUCCUUACUUACCAUCUGGCUGCUAGUGCUCUAGACUACUUUGUAGGACAUCUGCGUGUAAGCCUGACCACUGUGGCCUUAAUAUCCCUUGUCUUGAGUGGUGUUUUUUUCAUCCACGAAAGCUUCCUCCUUCAACACCUGGCUGCCAUCUGCGAGUGGAUCUUUGUCCUGGACAUACUGGUCUUCUACGGGACUUUUGCCUACGAGUUUGGUUCAGUUUCCACAGAUACAAUAAUGGCGGCCCUGCAGAGCUCGGCCGCUCGCAGUUGUAAGUCGCCGGGAAGCAGCAGCACAUCCACCCACCUCAACUGUAACCCUGAGCGGAUUGCCAUGAUUUAAAGAACCAUGUGGUAAAGGGGCCAUUGACCUACCAGUCCUAACACUCAGGAUUAUUUUUAAGAAUUUUUAUUUUUACCAAAUAUAUAAAGUAAUGUAAGAAGCCAAUUUUAACUCUUUUACAGCCGGAUAGGCCUAAGACGGUCCUGACUGGCAGCAAACGGAUCACGUGAAACAAAAGUAUUCACAAAGACUCACUUUUUUCAUGUACAUUGUCACGUCUGACACUUUUUGGGGAUUUUUUUAUAUUCACUUGUAUUCUUCUUUUCUUUUUUUUUUGCAUUUGUGUGUGAGUAUUUCAAAAGUAAUAGCUAUUGCUUAAAACAUGUGGAAACCUCUAACCUGAUAAUAAUCAGGAGGAAUUACCCAUACAUUUAUAUAUUGCUUUCUCAUGUACAUUGACAAGUGUGACUGUUACAGGGUGGUCAUAUAGGGUUCUGUUAAAGAUAGCCCCCUGAGCUCCAGGGUAGGCUGUGUGAUGAGCACAUCUACUGCCGACUAGAUUAACCCCCUAUGGACUUCUCAUAUUUGUAUUUUUAGGUGCCCUAGUAUUUUAAAGGUAUACUCCGGUCCACAGAAUAUACCAUUAAUGCCUCGUGGGUCCCAUCAUGUAUCUGAAGAAGCCACGUCACCUGGUGAGAUGGACACUGACCAUCGCAUUCAGGCUGCAAUCGAGUGCAGAGGUGGCCGGGGUCACAUCACAGUGCAGCGGUUUCCGUAAUCCUGGCCACCUCUGAAUUCAAUCGCGGCCUGCAGUCGCAUCACCUGUCAAGAUGGGGUUGGGGGACCUCUGUUUUUGAGGUGGAUGCAGGUCCAGCCUCUAAGACACGGACCGAUCGAUCAGACAUUUAUGGUGUAUUCUUUGUGAAGAUGGGAAAACCCAUUGUCUGAUGGUGGAGGUCCCUUAGGACCCCAGCUUAUUUUGUGAAUAGGUGUCC